UUUUUUUUUGUUCACUAUUCCCUCAAGAAGACAGGAUGGUAAACUAUCUUUCAGAAUUAUUGGAACCUUCAAUCUCAAAAGUGGAAAGUUGGAUUAAGAUGAUUGCUGCCAAUGUUCCAAUAGAAACAGAUUGGGCACAAUCUUCAUAUGGUUCAUGGUACAAUCAUCCUCGUCAACAUGCCUUGGAGCUUAUGUUUCUUGCUAGUAUCUAUAUCUUUGCUACGUUUAUCUUAUUUCGUAGGUUACUUCGACCUGGCACCGAAAAUUAUAAACUCUUGACACAAUUUCGACCUCCCUUUAGAGCAUCCUUAUCUGAAAGAGGAAUGACACUUGCUCUUAUUUGUUCAUUAUUAUUAACUUUGACUCAUAAAAUACUUCGUAAUAGAGUGUGGUUUAUGCUGCAACCAUGUCAUAUGAGCGGUACAUUGCUUUUAUUCACAUUGGUUUAUCCAGACAAGACCUCGCCUAUUCCUCAUGUAUUCUUUAAUAUGUAUUUACAUAUUCAAUGGGGCGCUUUAGCUGCACUUGCUUUUCCUGAUCUAAGAGAGCAUUCUAUGAUUGGUGAAACAUUUAAUUUUUUCGCCGAGCAUAUACUAUUACUUGUUGUGCCUAUUUACAUGAUUUAUAGUCGUCGAUAUGUUGUAUUACCAAAAUCAAAGGAAGUUUUGCUGUUAUCUUUCUUUUCUUAUGGCUUUUUCCAUACCCCUCUGCUUCAUUUAAUUUCUCUUAUUUCAGGUUUUAAUUUAAAUUAUAUGUGGGCACCUCCACCAAUUAAAAUUUUAUUGAAGCUUGGACGUUUUUAUAGAGUUGUCAUGUAUGGAGUUGCAUUUGUUUUCAAGUUUGUUACACGAUUUAUUUGUGUUGAAGCUAUUUUAGCAUUUAUGCCACUUAAAAAGAUUCCCGCUGCUGUAGUAGUAGAUAAUAGAAAGAAAUCGAAAAAGAUUUAGCCCUCAUUUUAUAAAUAAAAUAAUGAUAGUUUAUUAUUAAGGAAAAAAAAA